AUUGAUCGAAAUCUGACGAAGUUGUUGUACUAUAAUAGAACGAUCGAGCGUUCCCUGUAGCAACAUUUCUGUGAAAAAUCACACUGGUAUCCGUCACGGCUGCUGCUGCAGUUUGUUUUACGAAUUCAAUCUCGCUAGUUUUCAUUUUUUGGAAUUGACUUUCAGAGCGACGCAAAGGCGGUAGUUGUUGCAGUGAUAAUAGCAGCGCAGAUGACAGCCGGUGCUCAGCGAAAUAUAUAAAUCGAUCACACGCCACGGAUAACUCAUUCCAAGCAAUGCCUUCGAACUGAUUUGAUGACACAGUAGACCACCAGGAUGGACAAUAUCACUAUUCCAGAAAAUAUAUCCAAUCCGAACAGCAGCUGCAACUCCUCCACUUGCUCCCAGGGAGGGACACAGUCACUGACCGAUAAUCAACUGGUCUACCAGUUUCUCCAAGUCUACAUCUUGCCUGUGAUUGUUUUCCCUGGUCUGCUAGGAAACACAUUGUCAGCUUGUGCAUUUCUAGUUAAGGACCUUCGACGAAUAUCAUCGACUGUCUAUGUGCUUGCUGUUCUCGUUGCUGAUAACGGCGUUUUGAUCUCUCUACUGUUUGUGUGGAUGGAGGUGCUUGGUUUUCGUUUCAAUCAUGAAGAGGGAAUGUGCCAAUUUCAAGUCUACUGGAGCUAUAUUUGUACAUUUUUAUCAGUCUGGUUCGUAGUGUGCAUAACUGUCGAAAAUUACAUCACGAUAUGUCAUCCUACACGAAUCACCACCAUGUGUACCGUGCGCAGAGCUGUGGUGACCACGGUGUCGUUGCUGGUCUUUGGUCUAAGUUUUUACGCUGUGUUUAUUGUGACUACAAUUGUGAAUGUUCACAAUAUUGGUGGGAGAUUGGUCAAAAUGUGUGAAAUGGGAAACCAAUACACAAAACUCGUCGUCCUGUUCGUCAAUGCAGACACAACGAUAACGCUGAUCGUACCGUUAGUUUUAAUCCUGUUCAUGCUUAUUGCCAUUUCUCUUUCUGUCAUCAAGUCUGUACAAAUGAAAAAGAAACGAAGUGUUAAUCAAGAGAAUGCAAACAAUAACAGAUUCAAAUCUAUACCGCAAGUGCGUGUAGCCAAAAUGUUGUACAUCUUGUCUUUGACAUUCGUAAUCCUUAGUGUACCCAGUCAUGCUCUUCGAACAUACUUUUCAUUUGGACCGGCGACAGAGACGAUGAAAGUUUCAGAGCAGAUCGUCUUAGUACAUACUGUUCUGCAAUUUGUAUACUAUACGAACUUUUCUAUCAAAUUUUUAUUGUUUGCGUGUUGUAGCAAAAAUUUUCGUAAAUCUUUGUUUUUCGCUUUAGGGUUUCGCCAUUUUACAUAUUUGCCUGUCACUAGCACAGGAAGCACAAGGUGUCAAUAAACUCGUUUGAUUUUCUUCAGUGGUAUUUUCUACACAGGAAAUACUUGGUGUCAGUAAGUUUGUUUUUCUUCAUUGGUAUUUCUACACAUAAGAACUAAUAAAUCGACAAAGCAU